GCCGCGAUGGCGUUCCUCGCGCCCGCGGCUCCUCCUCGCGCGCUCGCGGCGGAGGGAAGGCGGGGUGAGAGGAGGCGGAGGCGCGCGGGCGGCUGCCGCAGCCGCAGCCCCAGGGCCCGAGGAGGCGGCGCAGCGGGAGCUGCCGCAGCCAGCCCGGCCGCAGCCCGCAGCUGCGGGGCCGCCGCGAGUCCUCCGGGGGCCUGAGGCCGGCGGGGCGCCCGGCCAUGCCCCGCGGCCGCCGCUGAACCGGGCGCGCGCUCCCCGGCCGCCUCGGCCCCGCGCCCCCGAGCGCGAGCAGCGGCGGCCGCCCCGGCGCGGCCGGCGAGGCGCGGAGGAUGGAACCGGCGCCGGGCUGCAGCCUCAAGGACGUGAAGUGGAGCGCGGCGGCCGUCCCGCUCGACCUCCUGGUCAGCACCUACCGGCUGCCGCAGAUCGCGCGACUGGACAGCGGGGAAUGCAUAGAAGGGCUGCGGGAAAACGACUACCUUCUGAUUCACUCCUGCCGCCAGUGGACCACCAUCACUGCCCAUAGCCUGGAGGAGGGGCACUACGUCAUUGGGCCAAAGAUCGAGAUUCCGGUACAUUAUGCAGGGCAAUUCAAGCUGCUGGAACAAGACCGAGAUAUAAAGGAGCCAGUGCAAUAUUUCAACAGUGUGGAGGAGGUGGCCAAAGCAUUUCCUGAGCGUGUGUACGUCAUGGAGGAAAUAACAUUCAACGUGAAGGUUGCAUCCGGGGAAUGCAACGAAGACACGGAGGUUUACAACAUCGCCCUGUGCACUGGGGACGAGCUCACCCUCAUGGGGCAGGCAGAAAUCCUUUAUGCAAAGACUUUCAAGGAGAAGUCACGCCUCAACACGAUCUUCAAAAAGAUUGGGAAGCUCAAUUCCAUCAGCAAGCUGGGAAAAGGCAAAAUGCCAUGCCUCAUUUGCAUGAACCACAGGACCAAUGAAAGCAUCAGCCUCCCAUUCCAGUGCAAGGGCAGGUUCAGCACCCGGAGCCCGCUGGAGCUGCAGAUGCAAGAGGGGGAGCACACUAUCCGCAGCAUCGUGGAGAAAACCAGGCUCCCGGUGAACGUGACGGUGCCCAGCCCACCGCCGCGGAACCCCUACGACCUGCACUUCAUCCGCGAGGGCCACCGCUACAAGUUCGUGAACAUCCAAACCAAGACGGUGGUGGUGUGCUGCGUGCUGCGCAGCAACAAGGUGCUGCCCGUGCACUUCCCGCUGCACCUCACGGUGCCCAGGCUCAGCCUCCCCGAGCACCUGGGGAGGGGCGAGGGUUGGCCCGAGCUGCUGGUGCACCACUGGCUGGGCGUCUGCCAGGAGCAGUUCGACAUCGACGAGUACUCGCGCGCCGUGCGCGACGUGAAGGCGGAUUGGAGCGAGGACUGCCGCAGCCCGCGGAGGGGCCGGCGCGCCGCGCACAGCCACCUGCCCAGCGCACUGAGCCAUGCGCGCGAGGAGCUCACGCAGUCCUUCCACCGCCUCUCAGUCUGCGUGUACGGCAGCAACCUCCACGGCAACAGCGAGGUGAGCCUACACGGCUGCCGGGACCUGGGCGGCGAGUGGGCCCUCUGUGCCCACGAGGUCCUGCCCUGCCCGGAACCGUCCGGCUCUGGGAGCGACUACCUCUUCCCCGUGGCGAGCGAGGAGAUGGCGGGCACCCCGGGCAAGCCCGAGCUUCCUUACGAGGAGCUGUGGCUGGAAGAAGGCAAGCCCGGCCACCAGCUUCUCACUCGCUCCCUGAGCGAGAAGAGCAGAUGCGAUCCGUUCAGAGGCUCCUCCCGGUCCAAACGUGCGACCUCCCCUCUUCCUGUGCCCGGGACCCUGGCAGCUGCGGGCAAGCCCUCCGAGGCCGCCCUGCCUCCGCCUCCAGUGCCUCCCAAGUCGGAAGCCGUGCGGGAAGAGUGCCGACUCCUGAACGCGCCGCCCGUCCCGCCCCGGAGCGCGAAGCCCGCGGCCGCCAGCCCCUCCGUCCCCCCUCGCACGGCCCGGCCGGCGCGGCAGCAGACGCGCUCCCCUAGCCCCACCUUGUCCUACUACUCUUCGGGGCUGCACGACAUCAGCAUCACUCAAAGUGACACAAGUCCUUCUGAAAGUGCUCCCGUUUCCUGCUACCCCUGUACCCGCGUGGAAGCGGACCCCCUGGGCCUGAGGGCCCCGCUGGGAAGGCCUGCUGAAGCUCUCUCCUCCAGGCUCUCGUGGCCUAACCACUAUUCGGGAGCGUCGGAGAGCCAGACCAGGAGUGACUUCUUGCUGGACCCAAGCAGGAGUUACAGUUACCCUAGACAAAAGACGCCAGGCACACCAAAGAGAAACUGCCCAGCACCUUCGGAUUUCGAUGGCUGUGAGCUCUUGGCCAGUCCCCCCAGAUCUGUCACUGCGGAGCUCAGUAGCAGCGUCUCUGGUUGUCCCAAAUCAGCCAGCUACUCUCUGGAGAGCACAGACGAGAAAACUCUGGCGGCCGGCACAGCAAAGCAGAGUAUUUCAUGCCCCGCCUUGCCCCCCAGGGCCCCCAAGCCGGUGGAAGAGAGAGCCGCCUCCAACACGUCUCCUCUGCCACUGAGAAUCGAUGGUGCUGAGGAAGACGCGAAGUCAGGGUCAUCGGACCUGUCCGAGGACCAGCACUUCGUGAAAAAGGGCAUGCAAGACAUCUUCCCCAUCCCAUACCCCUUCUCGUCUCCGCUGCACCUGCAGCUGGCCCCCAGGUCCUGCGGUGAUGGCUCCCCAUGGCAGCCGCCUACUGACCUGUCGGGACUGUCUGUUGAGGAAGUAUCCAAGUCGCUGCGGUUUAUCGGCUUGUCUGAGGAUGUCAUUUCGUUCUUUGUUACCGAAAAGAUUGAUGGGAAUUUGCUUGUUCAGCUCACAGAAGAAAUCCUCUCAGAGGAUUUCAAAUUGAGCAAACUGCAGGUGAAGAAAAUAAUGCAAUUCAUUAAUGGCUGGAGACCCAAAAUAUAGCCAUACUAGUAUUAAACAGAACUGAUAAAUGUGUGUGCUAGAAGGGGUGGGCUGGGACACAAUUCCAUGUUUUUUGCACUAAAAACCUUCUCUGUAAAUAGGGAUAAGAGAAACUCUUACUAUGCAGAUUAUUUUGAAUGGUGAACAGGCUAUUUUGUACAUCAAUAAAAAUGCUGUACAGAACA